AUGUAAGAAGAUGUUUUUGAUGAAAUUAAAAAGGAACUAUAAUACUGUAAAUACCUCAAUUAUGCACAUAUAAUAAUGUCUUUUUUUGGAUUCUUGGGUUAUAUGGCUAGAAAGGUAAUUCUUAUUUAAAUAUUGAUUCAUUUAAGAUUUUUUUCACAUUAUUGAUUAAUGUCUUGUCUAUUUUGUUAUCUAUUUUAGGAUAUUAUGCAAUUGAAGAAAUCAAUCAAAAGAAAAUUAUUGUUUAUGCAGUUUGUACAAGUUCACUUUUUGGAAUGGUUUUAAUAUAUGAAAUAAUUGCAGAUUUAUUUUCUGACUCUUAUGUACUAAAUAUAAUUAUUAUAGGAAACUGAAGCACCUCCAUAAGCAUUUGUAUUUUUAGUUAUAACUUUGCCUUUUCUAAUAGAUCUUUCAAGUGGAUUGAUGAGUUUAAAAUUAUGCUAUACCUUCUCAAAAUAUGAUGAUUUGUAAUUUAAAAGAAAAUAUAAUGUAUUAAUGAAUUAAUCUAGUAAAUCCUCAUUGUUUAAAAGGUACCUGAGAAAAAUUAUAAAGAAUCUUACCUAGCAGAUGAGAUGUGUGCUAUAUGUUUAAAUGAAAAAAGGAAUAUUGUUUUUUAUAGAUGUGGACAUAAAGUUUGUUGUAAAAAAUGUUCAAAAGCUUUUAAAUAAAAGAAUUGCCCAAUAUGUAGAGCUGAAAUCUAAGAUUGUAUUUAAGAAUAUGAUGCUUGA